AUGUUGAUUCUUUUCUUGCUGCAAUUGCCACAUAUUGCUUGUAAAACUCAGAUAAGAAAAUGCAGAAUCCAAGAUCCUAUCCCAAUUGUUCACAGAUAUUUCCAACCAGGUGAUCUAAUCAUUGGUGGCAUUACUUCUUUUGUCUUCAUAACUACAGAUGUAGAAAGCUUUGAUCAGGUUCCCUUUCAUUCUCUUGUUGGUGAACCACUAAUCCUGAUUAAGUAUUACCAACAUAUUUUGACUGUGAUAUUUGCUGUGAAGAAGAUCAAUGAAGACCCUCAGCUCUUACCUAACAUCACCUUGGGCUUCAGAAUCUAUGACAGUUAUGGUGGGGCAUACACGUAUCAUGCCACAAUGGAACUUUUCUCCAGUCAGAAGAGAUUUGUUCCAAACUACAAGUGUGGCAUCCUGAACAAACUCAUAAUGGUUGUUGGGGCCCUUGAUCCUCUAAUCACUUUUGAUAUGGUAGAUAUUUUAGGCACUUACAAAGUUCCACAGUUCCUAACUGGCCCUCCUCCAAGUAUGAAUGGAAAAACUGAAAUCCCUUUCUACUACCAUAUGGUUCCAGAAGAAGACUUUCAUUUCAGGGGGAUUCUUCAACUACUUUUGCACUUCAGGUGGACUUGGGUUGGGGUACUUGUGAAAGGACAUGGUGGAGCAAAAUUUGAAAAACUGAUUUUUUCAAUGUUUUCUCUCAAUGGCAUCUGUAUUGCCUUUUUAGAACAGCUCAGGCCAUUUUAUAUCAAUAGUAUUUUUGAUGAUUUCAAAUGGCUUGUGGAAACAUUUCAUCUUUUCCUUAACAGCAAAGCCAAUGCUGUCAUAAUCAAUGAUAACUAUGUUUUGCAUUUGAGAUGGUUGUUACAUCUACCUGAAAUGGAACUGGUUUCUACAAAGCCAAAAGGUAAGGUGUGGAUCGUGGCUUCCAAAAUGGGACUUGCAUCAUUCUUUUAUCAGAAGAGCUGGGAUAUCCAGGUCCUCCAUGGUGCUCUGACCUUUGCACCUUACUCAAAUGAAGUUGCAGGAUUCCAGCAUUUUCUCCAGACAAGGAACCAUUUCUCAUCAAAAGAGGAUGGUUUCCUCAAAGAUGUGUGGGAGCAAGCAUUUGGCUGUGUAUUUCCAAAUCCAUCUGUGAAUGUGGAAAUGGAGGAUGUCUGUACAGGGAAGGAGAAACUGGAGAGCCUUCCUGGGGCUUUUUUUGAAAUGAGGAUGACCAGUGAUAGUUACAGUAUAUACAAUGCAGUGUAUGCUGUGGCACAUGCUUUACAUGCCAUGCAUUUGGGCCAAAGAAAACAUAGGAGAAAGUUGAAUGGCAGGAAAUGGGAUCUUCAGGAUGCAAUGCCCUGGCAGCUUCACUUCUUUUUGAAAAGACUCUCAUUUAACAACAAUGUUGGGGAUGAAAUUUCUUUUGACCAAAAUGGAGAACUGGUUACAGGACUGGAUAUUGAAAACUGGGUCACAUUCCCAAACCAGUCCUUCCAUCGAUUGAUAGUUGGGAAGCUGGAUCCCUGGGCUGCUGAAGACAAACUGUUCACCAUUCAUGAGGAAGCCAUCAACUGGCCCAGCACUUUCAACCAAACCCUGCCUGUUUCAGUGUGUACCGAAAGCUGCCUUCCUGGUUAUUUCAGAAGAAAGCAAGAGGGGAAGCCAUUUUGCUGCUAUGAUUGCCUUCCAUGUCCCAAAGAGAAAAUGUCAAGCCAGAAGGACAUGGAUGACUGCUUCAAAUGCCCAGAAGAUCAAUAUCCAAAUAAGGACCAAGAUUCAUGUAUUCCAAAGAAAAUAUCUUUCUUGUCCUAUGAAGAAUCAAUGGGAAUAAUUUUAGUCAUUCUGGCAUUUUUCUUUUCUUUAUGCACACUUGUGGUGCUUGCAACAUUUUUGAAGUAUCAUCACACUCCCAUUGUCAAGGCCAAUAACCGAAGUCUCACCUACAUUCUACUCAUCUCUCUCCUCCUCUGCUUUCUUUCUUCACUGCAGUUCCUUGUUGUACCUGGCAACAUAAUAUGCCUCCUCCGACAAAUUAGCUUUGGCAUCAUCUUCUCUGUGGCUGUGUCUUCUGUGCUGGCAAAAACCAUCACCGUGGUUCUGGCUUUCAUGGCCACCAAGCCAGGAUCCAGGAUGAGGAAAUGGAUGGGAAGACGACUGGCCACUUCCAUUGUUCUUUCUUGUUCCCUGAUUCAAGCAGGCAUCUGCACAGUGUGGGUCUUCACAUUUCCUCCUUUCCCUGAUGUUGACACCCAUUCUGAAGCUGAGGAAAUAAUCCUGCAGUGCAACGAAGGCUCCACUACCAUGUUCUACUGUGUCCUGGGCUACAUGGGCUUUCUGGCGGCUGCCAGUUUCACAGUCGCUUUUUUCUCCAGGAAGCUCCCCAGCAGUUUCAGUGAGACCAAAUGUCUCACAUUCAGCAUGCUGAUCUUCUGCAGUGUGUGGCUCUCCUUUGUUCCAUCCUAUUUGAGCACCAAAGGGAAAUACAUGGUGGCUGUAGAGGUUUUUUCCAUUUUGGCCUCUAGUGCUGGGUUGCUGGGCUGCAUAUAUUUCCCGAAAUGUUUUGUAAUUAUUCUUAGGCCAGACCUAAACAAUAGAGAAGAACUAAUAAAGAGAAAAAGAUAA